GGGCUGCGAGGCGGGAGUGACCCGUAGCUGCCGCCUCUCCUCGGUGCCUGCGGUGCGGCGCGAUCCCGCGUGCCAAUACCGCUCAGGGGUUGUCGGGAGGGCCGAGAGGGGCCGGGCCGUGCCGGUUAAAUCACCUGAGUUUCGCCGGAACGUGUGGCGAGGCGCCCGGGGGCGGGGUGGGGGACGCGUUUUGGUGUGGCAGAACGCGGAAGCGGCGCGGUCCGGAGCGGCGCCCCCGGCACCGGCAGCGCCAUCGCCGCGAUGUCCUCCGACUUCGAGAGCUACGAGCAGGACUUCGCCGUGCUCACGGCAGAGAUCACGGGCCGCAUCGGGAAGGUGCCGAAGCUGGUAGGAGAUGAGAAGAAGCAGAUGGUUGCAAAUGUUGAGAAACAGCUCGAAGAAGCAAGGGAACUGCUUGAGCAGAUGGAACUUGAAGUUCGAGAGAUCCCACCUCAAAGCCGAGGGAUGUACAGCAGUCGAAUGAGAAGCUACAAACAAGAAAUGGGAAAACUUGAAGCUGAUUUUAAAAGGUCACGAAUCGCCUACAGUGAUGAGGUGCGGAAUGAACUCCUAGGGGAUGACGGGAAUUCCUCAGAGAACCAGUUGAUAAAAUUACGUGAAGAGAGGGCACAUCUGCUCGAUAACACAGAGAGGCUGGAAAGGUCAUCUCGGAGACUAGAGGCUGGAUACCAAAUAGCAGUGGAAACCGGACAGAAGUUACCUACUCUGCUCAGAAACACGGUGCUGCAGUGGCUGGGACUCAAUGUGACCCCAGGUCUCAGGAUUACAGGACAUUUCUUAUGAUGGCUGGCUUAGUGGCUGGCUGGCACCUGGGGAAUUUUCUGCUCUGGAAGCAUUGUCUUUAAGGUAUACUGAAGUUAAAAAGAAAGGCUUAUGAAUUCAAAAUACCAGUUGUCAUCUACGAACAUUUAAUGCUUUAUUUUCUCUUCUGAUGUUCUCAGUAAUCACUAGAAAUGUUUACUUAAUUGAUGAGAAGUCUUAGGACUGAUACCAUGUCUAACUUACCCAAAGGAGAAGGAAAUAUAAAAUAAUCCACAAUGUUUUAAUUUUUAAAAAGUCAUGUUCAGAAUCCAGUUUAUGCAGUACAUCAGAAGGAGUUCAGUUUAUAAUUAUAAAAUCACUGAAUUUAACUUCUUAAUAGAUGUCACUGAUGGCAGACUUACUGAUUUCCAUAACUGAGAUGUUUUGAAAUUUUGCACUAAUGGUCAGUGGGGCACAAGCUAGUAAUAUUAUGAGAUGAGAUGUUCUGCUUAUCCUCUUUGUGAAUGACUUUUACUCUCCACAUUUUCCUUUAUUAAGGAAAUUUUCCAUUUACUUCCUAUUUGGGGAAAAAGUCUCUACAUUAUUAAAGUAUAUAAAAUAUUUGAUGCCAUAAAAUGGAUCUAUUUUAGUUUGAUAAACUAGAAAUAUCCUGCACUGUGAGGGUCAUAGCUUAUAAUACAUACUGUUAGUACUUUUUCAUUUUUCUAUAUUAGGAGAUUAGUGAAAAAUAAGCUCUAUCAAUUAAGUUUUAUUGCAAAAUUAUCUUCAGAUGUACAGCAGUGAAGAUGAUAUUGAGUGAUAACACUAGAGUGGAUUUUGUAUAAAGCAAUUACAACUUGAAAACCACAAUCUGAAUGAAAAUAUUGCUUAGGGUUUUUUGUAAUCUAGCAUUAAUACCAAAAAACUCUUCCUUUGGAAAGUGCUUAAAUUACCUCUAUUAAAUACAAGACAUUCCUAAGGUGUUCAUGUAUGCUGUUGACUGAAAAAUACUUAUAUUUGGUUUUACUGCUCAUGCUUUGUCAAAUCUGUAAAGUAAAUAUGAGUAUAUAGUUCCGCCUCAUAAGAUGUUUGUUUAGUAAUACCAUGUUUUCCUAAGAUAUUAAUUUUUAUAUGGAUAACAGAGUUCUUAAUUCGGAAAUUAUCUUGUGUAGAUGCAAUUUGAUGCUGUGAAAUUCUCUGCAUUCCUAAAAGCAGUAAUUUACCCUGAAGGAAGCAGCAAGCCCUUUUCCUCAUGUGAUGCAGUACAUAUAGCCACAUAUGUUUCUUCAACAUUAUUCUGGAGUUGAAAGUGCAUUGAGCUUUGAAAAAUUAAUUCCAAGAACUUCAGACAUGAAUUGUUUAAUUCUGCUGAUAAUGAAUGAAAUCUAUCCGAAUGCUCAAGUCAUUCCUUGUUCAAUUCUGCCAUCACACCUUUGGUGGGACAGGCAGUCCCUCAAAAUACAUGAAGGAAUCUGUUAAUUUAGAAAAACAAAGCCGGUUGUUCAAUAGCUACAAAGCAGUUCAGCCCCUUUUCAUGACAUAGGGAAUUUUGCUUGUGGCAUUCACUACCCAUUUUCGAACACCAUACAUCAAAAUGUUCUAUUGAGUACAAGAGAAGUUCAUCUGUAAAACACCCAAUUUGUAAUAAACUGAACAAUACUUUAAGGAGGGUGAAAUAAUUUCAGCACUGUAUCAGUUUUACUCCAUUGUUUCAUUGUAGAUAAAUAGUUUGUGUCUCUGACCACAUCUCCAGUGAUGCCAGCACAAAUCAGGACAAUUUAGUCAAGUGGUUACAGGUUUCCGACCUUUCAAAUUGAUCACAUUGAAAUAGCCCAUUAGGAAUAGAUUUAAAUCAGUUUGGAUAAGCUCAGUCUUAGUCCUGGCCCUUGAGGCUUUGGCUACUGAAAGUUCACUUGAAGCUGGACAUACACCAGCUCCACAGGCCAUCAACUUUAUUAGUGUGGAGAUAAGCUGAUUAGAUCUUGUCAAUCAAAGGUGCCAAUAUCUCAAUUGAGUGUCUCUCCCAGUCUUUCUCUCCUUCUUUGUUGCCUGCUUCAAUGCCUUAAAAAAAAAAAAAAAAAGAGAGAGAGAGAGCAAGCAAGAGAGAGAUGUGUGUGUGCAUCCCCCUGGUUGUCACCAAGCAGGGUGCAAGGGCACUGUGAUGAUGUGAUGACUAUAUUAAAGAGGACAUCAAUUUGUUUUAAAGUGUUUUGAUUUUUUAUGGUGGCAUUAAGAGAGAGAACAUUGUGGUUGCAGCUUUACUAGAAAGCAAAGAGUUCUAGAAGGGGAAAAAAAAAAAAAAAGUGUUUCUUUGAAACCUACCGGGUCUUUGAGUCUUGCUGUGCCAAUGGGCGCUUAACUGCUCCUGUAACUGGCAUACUCUGAUCCACCACCAGCUUAGGUACUGUUCUUCUCUCUAAAUUAUUCACUUACAUAAAAUAAAAUAAUUUUUGGAUGUUUAAUCCUUGUAGAAAUAAUUUUAAAUAUUUGUUAAAUAUAGCCUGCUUGGGAAAUGUUUAGUUAUGCUAGUAAUGAGCAUGUUGUAACAGUCUGGGAAAUUACUGCAUAAAUUAAGGUCGAGUUAGAACAUAUAGACUGAUCCUUUCACUGGAAAUGAAGUUAUGCAUGCACUGAAUAAGUACAUGCAGGUAUUUGCAUCUCUGCUUUGUAGAGGUAUAAAACAGAUAAAGAGAACAUCAGCUGUAAAAAUGGAAUAGCACAGUGUUUCAGCUUUGGGCUUCAUCAUAUACUUAAAGAUGGUAUAGAGGAAAACUGGGCUUUUGUUCUUCACAUCUGAAGUUUGCUCACACCAUGUCUCCCUCAUACUUCAAAUGCAAACAACAGAAGCCUGUCCUUUUCUUCCAUCACCCUACACUCACCACCCAAUGAAGGCAGGAGCUACAGCACUGCAGAACUACAUUGCCACACUGGAUUAUCUCUUUAUCAGUUAUUCUUCACUCCACUGUAUCAAUUUUCUGCUAACCAAUCAGGCACUCCUCUUAGAAAAGACUGUUUGACUAUUUCUUCUAGAUAAGUGUAUUUAUAGCUACACAGAUCCACACAGGCAACUCAUGUGCUAUGUCCUGGAGAGAGAAAGGGAAUUGCUUGCUCCUUCCAGGAGACUUGUAGUUAACCCUGCUUUUUGGGUAUAUUACAGGGGGAAAAAAUCUAAUAAUUGUGUUCAGAUCCUAAUUAUUCAAUUGCGUACUGGAGUUCUGGUAUAACUCUGGUUUCUGUUGCAAAGUGCAACGCCAUGUAUUUACACAGAGGAGAAUGAUGAUCUCUGAUCUCACCUUUGUUUCCUGCCAUUCUCACCAGCCCCUUGUUCAGGCUGCACAUGGAGAGGAAUGGCCAACUUUAGCACUAGGAGUAGGUAAUACUGAGCUGUUUAAAUUAUUGAAGUAGUUUUCUUUUGCCCCCCAUCCCAGAAAACAUAGUAAGUUUCAAGCAGGUUUAGAGACAUUUAUGUGGAAGAAGUUGUAGGGGAGAACAGCCUUACUGCCUUGUUGUUGCUAAUUAGAAUUCCUCUGUGUUUAGAUGGGGUUAUUGAGCUGUAUUUUUUUUUUCCAUGUUUAAUACACAGUUAACAGCUCUGACGCUUCAGCUACAGUCAAUCAGAAGCAAAUGUUCUUUUAAGAAGUUAUUGAAGGAAAUCUAUCUAACAGACCACUAGUCAAAUGAUGUACUUUUUUCCUCUGGCUGCUUCCCCUACUGAAAUCACAAACUCAUUGUUUAAAAUCUUAUUUUGAAGGCUGAAAAGAAAUGUGUUGGAGUUCCAACUUGCCCUUUAAUUGAUCUGCCUUACCUUCAUUAGUCAUAUUUUUUCACACUGAUGUUUGUUGUAAUGCAGUCAUCUUUGUAAACAUUUUUAUUUUUCUGGUUGUGUGGAACUGAAUCAUCAGUUGAAAAACAUGGUGAUAAUAUUUGAUAGAAUCUAGUGUUUCAAGAUAAGACUGGGUAGUCUGAUCACGACUUCUGAAAUAAUUUGUACGUUAUUAAAAAUAUGGUGUGCUCAACUUGAAAUUAUAAAUAGAUGGAAUACAUGUUUUGUCUUGACUAUUCCAAGAGUGUAAAAUAACAUUUUUAUCUCUUCUUUCAUGCAAGUUGCAAGUAGAAAAGCUGAGCUGUCUUCAUGGCUGAGUCUAAUGUAGUUUCAUAGAAUCAUAAAAUUUAUUGCAGUGUUUAUUUCAGCAGACCCUUCAGUUAAUACUUCUAUUCAGCUUAACAGAAGGGCAUAGAUGUCAGUAAAUACAAUUUCUAGAAAGAUUGUUAGCCAAAUAAGGAGGCAUUUUUGGCAAGUUUUUACUUCAGGGCUACAAUUGCUACUGAAGUUAUUUGAAGCUUGCAUCAUAUGUGUACUGUGUUUGGGUUGAGUGUGCCUAAUGAAAAUUAUAUAUGCUUGUAAACAUCCUCCCAUUGUUAUUUAAUAAAAGCAAAUGUAGAACAUAGCCAGAAGGACUUGUAUGCUAAGGCUCUCUUUGACAGCAGAUUUGUAAUGUUCUAAUUGAAAGUGCUUAAAACUCAUUUAAGGAGCAUCUGUAACUUUGAGGCCACCAUCUUGAGGGAAUGGUUUCAAUGUAGUCCAGUUUGGAUAUAAAUAAAAAAAAAAACCACUGGCAGUGCUUAGGGUUUUCUUCCUUGGGAAGUUUUAUUGUUGAGCAACCAAGACAACCAUUUGGUUCAUGGCAUUGUUACAGCUUGGAUGUGAAAGCCUGAAAAAAUCAUAAGUACACUCUUUUCCAUUGCGUUAAUUUCUUUUUUUUCUUCUUUUUUUUUUUAGAAAAAUUACUUUUUAGUACUGUUUAUUUUUUAAUCAGUUAAUUAUCAGUGAAACAACGUAAAUUAAGAAAAUUUGUAAAGUAAAAAAUAAGAACUGGAAUUAAUUACUCUGUACCUGGACUUCAUUCUCCAAGUUCCCCAAGACAUCUUCUAGAGAUGAUAUUUACUGGCUACCUCUGUGAUGAUUACAGAAAUGUGUUGCAUAUAUGGCAUUAGAUGCCCUAUUAGAGGUAUCCUCUGUGAGCUACCAAACAUGGAAGCAAAGAUGUUUUAGCAUUAAAAAAAGGAUAAAAUCAAUAUUUCUUUUAUGUUCUUCCUUGGAGUUUAGUCCAUCUUCAAGCAUUAGAGCUCCACAACUAUCCAUUUUCCCUGUUUACCCUGCAGCUUGCCAAUUUUCUAACCAGGGAGAAAUGUAAGUGAAUAUUGGAAAAUAAAACUGUGUUUCCCUAAGCUUCCUGUUCAGAAGACUUUUGAUUUUAAUGAAUUUGUCAGAAAAUGUAAUUCAGAAAAUGUCCUCACUUUUUACUUUUUAAAACCAUAUUCUUGAAUUGUGAGGUAACACAACUGUUCUCCUUUUAGAACAACAUUCGUAUGUCUUUGAUCUCUACAUUUGGAGAAUUCUUAUUAGCUUAACGCAUUCACGUUCAGGAAAAGUCCUACAAGGAGGGAGGAUUUUCUUAAAUGGGGGAAAAAAGGAAAACAAAAAAGGGACGCAGAGAGAGAGAGAGAAGAAAAAUCUUUCCCUGUUUCUUCCCUGAGGCUGAACUGUUUAUCACUCCAUCCUUGUUCGAUAGAAGUGAAUUUUAUAAUAAAAUUUUCCCUAAUCGGGCUCUGUCAGUGAGGUGUCUUAUCGUGGGGAGGAAAAUGACACCGAUCCUAUCGAAAAACAGAGACGAUGUCACAGUGUCCGCAAUCACAGCUACUCAGCCUCCAUAUCUACCUUCUCCACAAACACCAAGCACUGCUUUUUCAUAAGAACAUCAAAACCUAGCGAAGUCAUUAAAAUUGCACCCGCGUAGAGUUGCAGGGAUCAGCCGCACUAGCGCAAAAUGGGAUGUGGGAAAACAGACUCUCUAAAUGUGCUAAUUCCAUUGUCACGUGUUUACGGCUUAAUUUUAAUCAGUUAAAAAAGCCACACAUUGCAAUAAAUUGGCAUUAUCUUCUGUGACACCAGAGGACACAGUUGGUUCAAGGAUUUAGAGGGUCGCUGGCAACAGUAUAUAGUGUUACAGACAAAGUAUUUUUACGCUUGAACUACGGUAGCUAAGGUGCAAUCCCCAGUUAAGACUGCAAACAAAGACUAUAACCCACACAGUACUAAGUUCAACAUGCAGACCACCUUCAGCCUGGAGACAGUGUAGAAUGCUAAACUGAAUAGUGCUGAAGAACGUUUUCUAAUUUAAUGGUUAAAAGUAAUUUGCUGGCCAAUAUAAUUGAGGUUGCAGCUCAGUAGUGUUCUCUUAUGUGUUCUGUACCAUAAUGAAGAAAGAUCUAUUGGAAAAAUCCCUUUGCUGUAUUUGCAUUCAGUUUCUAAACUGGUGGUGCUUGUUUACAAUGUGCCAUUAGAUUUCUUCCUCAAAACUGUGCGUUGCAUUUUCUGUUCUUCUACUCACGGAAAUGGAGAUAAAUCACGCAACACGGACUGAAAUGUGAUAGUAGGAAUACUGCUGCUUCCAGGGAAAGGUUUAUGGAAACUUUAUGUUUUCUAAUUAGGUAGUACCACAGGUCACAUGAGAAUUGUGCAUGGUAUCCGUCUCUACUCCUCCCAUUUUCUUUCUUUUGCUUUCCCCCUCCCCCUUAGACUUGUUCUUUCGCUUGAAUAUGGCUGAUCAAAAUGUUUAUAAGCAGCAGGAGAAUUAUUUCUGUAGAGUAGUAUGAUCUAACUAAUAAACAUCCAUUUCAAUAAAGCCAUGUCUAUAAAAGUUGUCUAGUUUUAUUUCAAUGGAUCAAACAUGAAAAAUGUGUGUGACCAGUUUAAUUCUAGAAUGAGCAAACAGCAACCAAAGAAACAGUUGGAGUAGGGAUUUAACUUUUACGGAAUAAAUAUCUCUUUUCAGGCUAUAAGCAUGUCCGUGGCCAAAUACAUAUUUCUAUUUGAAUUAGCACUAAAGAGCGCUGCUAAAUAAAUACACAAAGCCAUUACUGCUAAAAACAAGAUGUGUCCAUUGUAGAAUGCAGGUUGUCAGUGCUGUUUCCUACAUCUGAUUUUUUGGCUUGGACAAUUUAGUGACAAGCAUGUGGUUGAUCAUUUCCAUGCAUUCUAAGCACUACAAACUCUUCAAAAAUUAAAUUGAAAAUGUCCCAAGAAACUAUUAAUAGUCAGCAAUCAACAGCAUUAGCAAAUAAAGUGAAAUUAGUGUAUGGUUUUCUUUUGCAUAUAAAGAAAUAGGAGUAUUUGACCUAUUUGUUAACAGACCUCCAAAACUGUUUCAGGUGGAACACAAAGGGACAACAUUAUCCAAGCUUGAGUUAAAUCCAGGAAUUUUUCAUUAAUUACAUGUUUACAAAAAACAAGAGAUGCUAACAAUGAAAAAAAAAAUUCUUUAAAUAUCUAAAAGAGGUUUUGCAGUCCUUAAAUUAACUGGUGCAUAAGUUUUUCUGAAUUUAAUAAAUAUUGUUUACUUAUUUAUAUAAAUUAUCUGGUUUUUCUGAAUUUAAUAUAUAUUUUUGUGCUGGCAGCUUUCUUACUUAUUUGGGUUUGUAACAUGAUGCAAGCCAUGUUAUUUGCACUUCUUACCUGCUUAAACAGCUUGAGUAAAUAUGCGGGGUCAUUUUAUUAAAAUAAUAGUGAAAAAAAAAGAAUGGAGUGUAAAUAUAAAACACUGUUCUUUUCUAUGUCUGGAUUAGCAGCGAACUCUGCAUGACAAAAAAAAAAGACUUCUUUAUGUCGGUAUACUUGGCUUUAUAAAACCAUUAUGACUUUGUUCUCUAAAACAGAAUACAAAUAUCUGAUUGUUAAAUAAGAUUUUGUUUGAGAGUUUUGCCUCUAUAUUUCUAUGGAUAUGUGCUUAUAUUCUGUUAGGAAGAAAGUGACUUCUUUGUUUUGUUUUUUUUUAGAAAGGCUUUUUAUUUUUAUUUUAAAUCUGUCAAAUUAACUAGGGGAGUGUUUCUUUAACUAAACAAACUGCACUGCUUGCAGUUCUCCCCAUUUCAGACCCCCUAAGAUUGCUCAGCUCACUUGGAACAAGGUUACAGGUCAUGACAUGUCAUAGCCAGGUAUUGGACACCCACCUGGAAUGAACAAACUGGUAUUUUCACCAGUCUGAAAUGUAUUACCCCGUUAUCUGGAGGCAUGAGCUGAUCAGUCCCUGUCUCUUUCACAUCUUCUCUCUCCCUGAUUUUUGCAGUCCACACUUAGAUCCUGUGCUUUAACUGGUUUGUGAUCAUAUUUAAGUGGAAUUACUGAAUUUGGUUGCUUUGGGUGAGGGUUGUGUUUGGGAACUGAGAAAGCUAAUUCGUGUUAAAUGCAUAUAUAGGAGGAGAGUAUUUGUUUGUGCUUUGCAUCCUUCUGUGCUACAGAAUUCACUCAUUACUUGUAUCAGAGUAGUAAAACAUUUUACACUGAUAUUUUGCUUUGAAAAUGAAAGUGUAAAUCUAAGUAGGUAUUUUGUCUCUGAAAAUAAGAGGGAAACCAAGCAGUAUUAAUGUACCCAAAUGGGCAUAUUAAAGGUGGUGAGGUGAAAUUGUCUUAUAUAUACACAUAUAUUUAUAUUCUUCAGUAUCUUUUAAUAAAGGUUGAGUGAAAUUCGUUGUUUCAGAUCUAGUCUUACAGAGAAAUAUCCAAAUAAAUUAUACUUAUUUAUUUAUUCUGCACAGAAUCACUUGGAUUUCAUGUUAUACGUUGUCAAUAAUUUAAUUAGUUUAGGUCUGUAAGUAUGCAUAUUCUAUCAAAAUAGUCCUUCAUUUAUGCAGCUCAUCACUUUUGCAAAUUGUAUGCAAGUUUGAUUAUCUAAAUGCAACAAAACCAGAGGGUUGGCACUCAUUUCUAAAACCAGAAACUUGCUGUGUUCUACUUUUGCACACAUAGGCUGCGCCAUUGAGCCACCAGUCAGAUAAAACUGUUUUCUGACUUGAUAUUGUGUAAUGGGUGGAACUAAAGAUGUACUUAACAGAACUGGAUAUCAGCAUCUUUUUGUGUCUGUUACCAUAAUGGAAUUUGGGGAAAAUAGAGCAUGUUUCUAAAUACCUACUUGUAACAUUAGUCAGUGUCUUAUAAGUUUGACCCUAUUAGGAUUUUUUGUGUCCAUAACUAUGCCAUAGAUACUUUUUAAUGCAGUGCUUAUAAAACACAGUUAUUUGUUCUUUUGAAGUGUAUAUCAAUUUGCUAUUAAACAUUUAUCUGCAUGCCAGGGAUAUUAAUAAUAAAUUUACAGAAAAAAAGCAUAUGGCUAUAUUUGAGUAACAGUUAAAAAUACAGUGUUAAUAAUAUGCAAGUUUUUCCUGAACAGUAUUUAAACUUAAUUAAUUUUAAAAAGGUGUCUGUUUUUCUAAUUAAAAUAACUUUAUCAAAAAGUGCAAAGAUACUUUAAUAUAUAUUUUCUUAUAUAUCAACAUAUAUAUAUGUUUUUAUAUCUAUCUAUACACGUGCAUUUAAUUUAGGUAUUGAAUUUUAUCCAUAGUCUAAGAUCAACCAAUUAACCUCUCUAUCUGUGAAAGGUAUUUUAGAACUCAAAGUGAAUAUUGUUGCUGCUCAAUUGAAGAUGUAAAAUGUCCUGUAAAUCUAGGCAAAAGAUUCUUCUGUUCUGCUUAAUUUGUAAUACACAUUAAUAAUAUGUUUGCAUAAACACUACCACAUCUAAUGGGGGAGGAGGGGGCAGGAUUUCUGAGCAGGCUGUUCAGUAUUUUUUUGUUUAAAUGGGGUUUGUCUUCCUUCAGAGUUAGAUAUUUGUUAUUUUCAUUUUCUGAAUCAGAAGGUUGUAAGCACAUUUCUAUGAAACUAGCAGUCACUUAAUGAUGUGAAGGUAUUAGAAAAAGAGGGAAUUACCUUCCCUUAUGGAACUAUUAAACCUUCACUUAAUGACUGAUUAAUGAGAUAAACUUCAUACUGUGUAGAUCUGUGAUGCACUGUUACAGAUACUCCAUUUUUUUCAUAAAACCUUCUGUUUAGAAAUGUGUGUGGUUUAUUUUUGAGUGCCAGUUUGGUUUAUGUAGAUAGUCUCUAUUUUUUCUGACUGCUGUCAUUACAACUGGUUUUGCAAUGGUGGCUGUGUCUGUGUGUUUGCUCUGUUUAUGAAGCUUUGUAAGGAAAAUAGGGUUGGGGGGGUGGUUUGCACAUGUUCUUAAAUAAUUACUUGCAUCUUUAAAAUCUUGUUUUCUAUUCCUGUGUCGUCUUUUUCUUUCUUGUGUUACCAAAUUCAAGAUCCAACGUAGCUGAAACACAAAUUCUGUAUGGUCCUUAUAAGAUCCAUUCUUAUGAAACAGAAUACUUUUUGAAAUGUUCAUUUUCCAAACUCUUUCAUAUUAAUUUCAAAUGCUGUAAUAAUAUAGUGUAAUUUUAUUUUAAUGUGAUACUAUGGGGGUAUUAUGCUGGCUUUUUUAUAAAUUUAGAUGUUGUGAUUUUGUAGUUUUUUGUUGCCAGCAUAUAAUGUUGCAUUCUAAAAAUAUGCUGUCACUUAAAUGUGUAUGUACUUAAUUUGGUAAGGAGACAUAUGUCUGUGAUCACUAAAAAGGCAUAGCAGAAAUUACAGUAUAAAGAGCAACUGACAGAGCCAUUAGGUUUGAACUAAUCCUACCUUGUAUUUAUAAAAUAAUAACAGAAUAAUCAGAAACUCCUCCUUGUUUUCCAGUAUAUUGAAACGAUAUCGUAUAAAUGUGAUGUGGUGCAUGGGGCAAUGUUUAUUUUGUGCCAGUGCUGCUGUGGUUAGGAAAUCUACUGUAUCUGCAGCUUUUAUUGUGUAUAAUGCAGUCCAGCAGAUCUCUGGCCUUGUAAUUAUUCUUAUUAUACAUUACCUUACAAUUUCUAAUACCAUAACACUAAGGAUCCUUGUCUUGGAUGAAGGCCCUGUUGUACUAUUUGCUAUGCAAAUGUAGGGAAAAAAUUGCUUCCUAUUCCAAAAACCUAGCAAUCAGACAGGGAAAGAUGGAUGAGGAUUAACAGGUUAUAAAGGAAAAGAAGAAGAGUGAUGAUCAGCAUCUUGCUGCAUCAGUGGUAAGAUUUUUGCUGGGUUUUUCUUUUCUUCUCACAAAAUUUAUAGCAAUAGAGUUUAACAGGAACUUACAAAGUUCAUAAGGAGAAAUAGUAACUGUAAAUGUAACUGAAAGAUAAUUUUAGGUGGGCCUGAAAAUCUUCCCACUGUAAUGGACAGUGACCAAGAGAGAGAAGAGUAUUUGCUUGCAGAUUUGAUUGGAAAAUUGGUCACUUGGGCUGGUCAUACAUACCUGCGAAGAGGUUGAGUGGUAUACUGAAUAAAAAUUGAUAAAAAGUGCAAUUGGCAUGGCCUUGAAGAAUGGCACCUGAAAUUUGAUGUGGGAAAGGAAUGAAAUUGGAGGCAGGAGUGAAGGAAGUAGCAGGAAUGAAAGCACUGCAAAGAGAGAGAUAAGUUGCCCAAACCACUGGCUAGAAAAAUAAUGAUUUUAUCAAAGCCAGGGAAGAGAUUAUUUGAAUAAUCAAUGAAAAGCUGAUGAAAGCCAGGACAGAAGAUUUACAUAUCAGUUGAUAGAGGAGUCUGUAUUUCAGUGUUAGCAGGAAAUAAUCUACAAGAUUUUAGACUGAGUCUGGUAAAAAGAACAUUAAAAUUGUGCUUAAAUAUUGCAGUAGGAGCAAUGGUACCAGGUAAAAGAGAAAGGAGGUAACAGGGAGAGCUGGGGACAGUAGAAAGUUUAAGAACUCUUUUCUAGUUGUGUUGGGCUUGAAACAAAGGCUGGAUAUAUUCAGGUAUGUCCCUAUGAGGCAAGUCUUCCUCAAUCAUUUCUUUUUUCAUUAAAACUAGAUUCUACUGUUGAUAGUCUCAUUUAAUUCAGAUGUCAGAUAAGUACUUAGCAUAAUAAAUCAAGAGGCUAGAACAAAGUUAGGUAGCCCAACAAACUUUCCUCUGCCUCAUGCAGUAUGCUAAGUAGUGUGUUAUGAUAGAUAAAGUGGACAGGAAAGGCCAUGAUAAAAUGACAUGUUUAUUCUUCAUAUCAUCAAAGCCCAUGGGAGGAAUUUUUUCCAGGUUUGUUUUUUUUAGGGAAAUGGCUGCACAUUCUAAUAGAGGUGCACACUUCACGUUUUUCAAUAAUUUGACUCUAACAGCACAGGUCUUGAAUAUUUUGAAGUGUGGCAGAUCCAAGGCUUGGUUGUUGAACUUCUAGAAGCAAUGGUGGAAUGUGUUAGAACGAUUUGUUUGCUUCAAUGCUAAGGAUGGGCUGAGAGAUGCAAGAGAUAAUUAUUUGCUAUCAUGGGAAACAUUUGAAAUAACUCCUGCAGCCUUACAGGGCAUGAUGAGAUUUUUUGUAUCUUUUGUAUGUAAGACAUAUCUUUUGUUGUACAUCCAGAUGCAUACAAUUUCUCACUCCCUCUUUUUUUCCCCUCUGUUUAUAUAUAAACAUACAUUGAUAGUUAGGAAAGAAAUCCUCUCUAGUUUGUGACCAUAUAAAUAGGGGAUGGCUGAUUCUAAUGAAAUCUCUGUAAAAUGAGGCACAGGCUCUUUCAGACACGAGAAUAGGCUUGUGUUCCCAAUUGUGUGUGUGUGUGAUUUCAAACUAUUACCUUUCCACUUUGGGGGAGCUGGGUUAGUACUGUGGCAGUGGCAUGUUCAGUUGAGGCCUUCAUUGAGUAGAGUAUAAUGUUUGAUUUUGAAGUUGGUAUCAUCCAGACUUUGUAAAAUGAAGAAAAAUCCAGUAAAAUUUUAAUAGGGUAUUUAUUAAAGUGUUUUGUUUCCUAGACAUGGUUCACUAUUGCAAUGAUCCAUAAAUGCUGCGCAGAGAUUUACAUAGCAAGUGGUGUCAUUUCUUUCCUAAGAAUUUUAAUUUUGGGUUCUGUGACUGAAGAGGCUUGCUUGCACCACUCUGUACUCAUCUCAUCUCUUCAGAUAUCUCUGUUCCAGAUAUCUUCAUAGACACAUGCUAUUCCUAAGGGCUUUACUGAAAAGGUUGGAUUUGCACUGUAUAGUUUCAGAUUCAGCAUUAUCUACUCAAUGUUUUUUUGUGGCCAUUGUCUUGCAUGUGCCAUAGGGAGGGAAAGUAAUAGGAUAAAUCUGUAUUUAAACUUACCUGGAAAGUGAGGAGAGAAACUGUUGUCAUACCUGAUGGAGAAAAAUGUUCAGACAUUGACACAGUCCAUAAAUUCAUAGGUUUUAAAUAUGGAGGACUAUUAAAUCAUUGUCUCACCUAUUAUGUAAAACAAAGCCAGCAAAUCUCACCUAAUUAUUUCAUUAUUUAACUUAAUAAGUUGUAAGCAUGAAAAUAGCUUGUCCAGAAAAGCAUCCAUUAGUUUGAAAGUAUCAAGAGAUGGGAAGGCCAGCUCUUUCCAUAGUAAUCAUUCCAAUAGUGACUCAGUCUGCAUUUAAAGGAGCAGGUGAUUCUGUUUCUAAUCUGAGUUUGCCAAGCUUCAAAGUUAAAUCCUAAAUCCUUCAUAUUCCCUUUCCUGGCAGAUUGGAGACUCUAUUAGCAAGUGGAAUGUUUUGCCAUAAAAAUAUUUAGAACCAUAAAUUAAACUUCUUUUGAGCUUUAUUGUGAAACUGAAUUCCUUAAAUCCCUCAUUGUAAAAUAAGGUUCUUUGCCCACAAUUUGUCGAUCUUUUCUGUGGCCCUUGUCUGUACUCUUCAAUUAUUCAAGACCCUUUUUAAGAUACGGAGAGGAGAAGUAAGGCACUUUCAAUUCAGUCUGGUGAUGUAUUUCAGGGGAGCAUGAUUCACAGGUGAUUCACAAAGAUUAUGCAAGACAUGAGGCAGCUUCUGUGUUGCUUUUAUGUUUCACGUCUGCCAAGUUAUGACAGUGUGUCAUACGAAUUCUGGUUUACUUUUUUUGUCUAACUGUAGAAAGUGUGGUAAAGCAUCAAGAGAAAGAGCAUCCUGAGCACCCAUUUUUUAUGUUUUUCUCCUCCUAAAUAUGCAGUUCCCAGAGCCGAGAUCUACAGAAGUAUAACUUAUACUUGUGAGUAUUGUAGAAACUUCUGUAGAUUGUAGAAUUUGGUACUGCGAGUACAGUCCACCACUUGUCACUUGUGCUGGUGACACUGACAUCUUCAUAACAGACCCUAGUCUAGACUAAAGAGGGUAAAACUUGUUCAUACCUUUCCUGUCCUCUUUCUGCUGUAAUCAUGGGGUUUGUCAAAUGACUGCAGCUCUGUGUCUGAAGUGGGGUGACAUUUUUUGCUGCCUAUGAAUAGCAGUGAUCCCUGCAAGCUUUUUGCAUUAUGAUUUGAUGGUGGUAUUAGAGUUUUAAAAGGGGAUGAGGCCUAGAGGCCAUAUGCUUCAAAGCAGCUUACCUGCUUUUUCAGUGUGGUACAGUGUGUCCCUCUUGCAGAAGAAAUGCUUGAAUCUAAACUUUUUUCCAGCUAUGUGAAAUAUUGACCUCUCUGCUGCAUUCUGUGAGUUACAGGGGUUUGUUGUGUUCAGAAGCAGGAGCAUCCUGAAGGAUGUCCUGCUUGGGAACUUAGUUAAGUGCUAUGUGCAAGGUGGAAGAGUGGCAUGAUGGGGUAGGACAAAAUGUAUUGCUUUUUGUCUGCAUUCAGUUUUUUGUCAUGUUGAGAAACAGCUGUGUAAGGAGAUGCCAAACCUGUAGAAGGAAUACAGCUGGGUUGUGGGAUUCUUGCACUUCGCUCUGGCUAUUUCAGAGGAUGUUGUAGGGCCAAAAAUUGUGAUCUAAUUGUCCAAAAAUGGGCAGGUAGGUCAUAAAUUACUUCAGCUUUGAAAUAGAGUUUUUCAGAAGGACAAGAACAAUCAUUCUUACCUUUAUUAGCAUCUAAACAAAUAUCACAAGGAGAUUUCACAGGCCAUCUCUUCUUGUGUUUCUUUCAGGCUAGCACAAUUGUGUUCCUACAAUACCCUGUAAAGCUAAAAAUGGCUUAACUGUGGAUUUCAAUUUUCAAAUGGAGCGCAAAGAAAACCAUUUUAUCCAUCAGGAUUUGUUUCAAUGACUAUUUUUUAAUCCAGAAUAUCUUGGCAGUGUUAGUUACAGAAUGGAGAUUCUCAACUAAGUGUUGAAGCACAGUGUAUUUUUUAUUUUUUUUACUCCAGGUAUUACAUUUAAAGUGUGUGAAAUUUAUUUCCUGUGUUUUAUUUCUGUCUUUACGUUGCACUGAGGAAAUCCAAACUGUGUUGGUGGGGCUGUCAAUGCCAUCAUUAUCAGGUUGGGUUUUGGAAGCCAUUUUGCUACUGUGUGACCUUUUAUUCCAGUCAGUAAAGUCAGUGGAUUUGUGUGGUGUACAACUGGAAUAACACAGUAGUGAGUGGGACUCCAGAAAACAGCAGACAGGAACAUAUUGAUAUAUUUAUCACUUUUAAAAGGUUAUGACAGGUUCCAAUGGCCUAAGUAAAGAAGUUUCUUAUUGGUUUACUUAAACAUUGCUUAAAUAUUUGAUUUUGUGAAUCAUAUAAGUCAUUAAAUAUUUAUAAUAAGUUUAUACUAAAAACCUGCCUUUAAUUGCUGAAUCCAUAGAAUUUAUAACCUGCAAUGCUUUCUUAUGCUUGCCUCACCUGCCAGGGUUUUGCAAGGGAUCUCAGUUUAUCCUUGUGCACCCAUCAUAUCCAUGGCACAUCUGGGUGACGGAAGGGCAGGGGAGCAGCCUCAGCUCAGAAAUGCUUCCUAUGCCUCUUUUUCAAACCCAUAUGUUUUCCAUAGCCACGUUUAUUGGCAUUAUUAUUACUAUUUUAAUAUAUCUGUGUACGUGCAUGUAUUAACAGUGCCAGGGAUGUGUCAGCAUUCAGUUUUUGUUGUCCUAAAUGCUGCUGUUUGUGUGUGCAGUCCACGCAGUUCAAUCUUUCAGUCCUGUGCAUUUACCAACCAUUCAGGCUCUGUGCAGUAUUCACACAUAUAUUAUGUAAAAUAAAAUAAUAAUAAUAAAAAGAAAAACAUUAUGAAGACUGGGGGGGGCCUGUGGAUGGAUUAUUACAAUUUGCCUAUCAUAGUAAUGACACCUGUUAGAGGUGUGAUACAAAAGGCAGUGACAGGGAGUGUAAUUUAGUAAUUGUAGCUAUUGUGCUGUGUAGCUGGUCAGUUCACCAGGCAAGUACAAAGAAACCAGUGUUAAGGCUAAGCAGGGGUGGGUAAGCUUAAUAGACAGAGCUAGUGCUUUACUGAAAGAAACUUUUGGUGGAGGGCUAGCUCCCAGAGGGAAGGAGUUAGAAUGGGUUGAAAAGAAUGAACAAAAGCAUAAAAAUGGUACAGGUUUUCCCAUUUCUCUUAAAGUGACAGGGGACUUCUGGUGAUGAGCAUGGCUUGCUCCACUGGCCAAAGGAGAAUGAGGGGGAGAGGGAAGCUUUUUGAAAUACUGGGAGGGUGCUGAUUUAUUGCAGCUGCAGAACUGAGGUACACCCAGGCCAGCAGCUGUCGCUUUCUUACUGAACAUCACAGCUGGCUUUGGCAAAUUUUUCCUAUUAAGGUAGUGACAGAGAGGUAACGGGGUCAGAAGGUAAGUUUGAGGGGUCGCAGAGAGCCACUGCUGGCAGGUCAUAAACCUGUGCCCUGGACAAAUCUGCAUGUGCAUAUAUGAUUUGAGUGUUCAUUUGGAUGGCAAGCCUGCCAACUGCGAGUAUUUGAAGACUUAACUGAGGUCUGAAAAGUUAACUAAGGUCUUCAGUGGCUUCUUUCCUGGUAUAGAGAAGCCAUAAUAUUCAUGGAGAUUUUUUAUGUUAAAGGAACUCAGGAUACAAGGAUAAUUUGUUACUAGUUCCUUUGUAAAUGCAUUUGUUUUGUAAGCUGUUUGGAACACAGACCUCAUCUUCCACACCUUGGGCACAUCAUGAAUACUCAAUACUUUCUUAAUGCCAAAAUCAUUGUUUUUGAUCAUAUCAUGAACCAAAGAACAACACAGACUACACAAAUGAAUCUCUUUCCUGGUGCAGUAUCCCUGCAGACCCCUAACAGACUAUGUAAAAUACAUAACUGUUAAUUAAUUUCCUGUUUCUGUAAUUAUGAAAAUGCUAAAGCGCUUAAAGACUUUUCAUACCAGACCUAUCUUUUUUUUUAAAGUAAUUUGAGAUUGUCUUUAUCUCUUCUCCCUCCACCUCCAUGUGUAUAUUUGGUUUUCCACACAGUAUAUUAGUCUUUCUUCAUGUGAACCUGUAAUUAUUGAACAAAUUGUUGUCACAAUGAAGAACCUCUUAGACGUUUAUGAGGAUGCAUUAGAAAACAAUAGGCCUGAGAGAUAAGUAGUGAACACAGCACUGAAACAUAUUAAGGCCAGAUUGAGUCAUUUAACAGCUUUGAGAGAACAAGGAAGUAGCCUCAAGUUAACAAAGGUCUGCACAGCAGGGUGUUUAUGCCAGCUAAUACUAAUUCACAUUUGCUAAACAGUGUAAACAGAUUUGCAGGCAACACCAGGCAUCCCAUUUAAAAGGAUUAGGUGUGCUGCUUCCCUAUUGUCUGGGCUGAGGAAUGUGGGGUGCUCAAUCUGCUCCUGGCAAUUAGCAGACACACCCUUGGUUCAAAGCCAGUGGCAGGGCAUUUAAUCCAUUGAUUGGAAAGGUAAUAUUUCUUUGAACUCAGAAGCUUGUCCCGUGGUGUAACCUGCAUCCUUGGUGACCCCACACCUCGCUGUUAAAAGUGACCAUGCACUAUAUGUCAACCAGGCAGUUGAUAAAAGUAUUUGGUGUUCAAAAUCUAUGCCAGCUGGCAUAUUGAUUUUGUUGCAGUCAGUUUGCCAUGCUGUAAGAGGAAGGGAAUACCUAUAGCUUUGUAAUCAGAGUGUGAAAGCAAAUAUAUUAUAGCAAAAGCCAACUAUUACAUAGUUGUUUAUAACAAGAGCAAACCCAAGUAUUAAUAAAUGGGCCAUCCCCAUGCUCUAAUGGUAAGUGCAGGGUGUUGCUUAUGUUCACAGUGCACAGCCCUUACUAGCAACUUCUUUUUUUUUUUUUUUUUUUUUUCUCAGCAAAGGUUAAAAACACAGCAGAGGAUUCAUGUGAUAUACAUGCUAUUAUCUGUAGGAAGUGAUUCAUGUUACCCUGGAGCUGGAGAAACUCCUGCAUUCCUUGUAUCCUGUCAUUCAGAAAGGCUAUUUCCAGGCUCCUCCAGCUGGCUGGAGGGUCAAAACAGCAGAGUUCCUCUGAGUCUUGGAAGAUAGUUAAAGAACCAGUCCCAGAGGCACCUUCCUAGAAAAUUUUUACAAAAGAAGGUUGUGUCUAAACAGGAGAAGAAUGAGCUUGUAUUCAGCCAAGCACUUACGUAUUGUCUGCAGGCAUCUGGAUUAAUUGCAGAUUAUAUGCCAAAGUAGAAUAGGGUUUUGUGCCAAUAGAAAGGAGCUGAAGCAGUGUGUGUGUCACUGGGUGAUUUCCCUGCAGUCUCUGCUGGCCUUCUGCUGGCUGGAGAGGGAGCUGGUCAUAGUGCUGAGCUGCUCUGUGGAGGGGAGAGCUUGGUGCAGGCUGACAGCAUGGGGUGUGCACACUCCAGGAAUCAUUGGAAUCCACAGAAUCCUGGAGGGAUCUGGAAGUUUUUCAAAGGUCCCAGCUGGCUGUUGUGAGCUGUUUCAAACACUGACCCCUUAGGGUCACUGCUAUGGAUUAGGUUGGUACAGGCUAAUUCCACAAAUCCUGGUGGUAAAAGCCUUACCUGGUGCACACUGAGCUUCAAAUCUGCCUGUGCCCCUCUGGCAUGAUCAGUACCUGUUUUACCAGUGACAGCGUGUCAGAAAUCCAUCUUUAACUAUUUAGGGAUGUCUUCUUUCAAAGCUUCUCAGACAUGUAAAGCAUGUUCCUGGAAGUAGAAAUAUGAAGUUCACAGAGCACAGAUGAAAGGGAUUUGGCACUGGAUUCCAUUUUCUAAGAAAAGUAAAAGAAUAUCCAGUCUCUGAAACCAAAGUUUUGAGGGCUGUUCCACUCACUGUCUUUUAGGUUAAAGUAUUGUGCAUAAAAUUAUCAUAUAAGGUGUAAAAGAAGGUUUUUUUCCAACACACAAGAAGUUUGAUCAAAGGCAAUGCACCUUUUCCUGAGUGCAGCCUUUAUUUCUCAUGAAAUCACUGGGGCUCCUUGGUGGGUUAAAGGCAAGGAUGUGGCUGCAGCCCUGCUUGUGGCCACAUUCAACCUUCCUGGAGUCAGACUCAGUGUUUGUGUACAGUGUUUAAAGGAUAAUGGCACUAAACACAGCCCUCACAAACCACGGUAAUUACUUCUACUGCUGAAAAAACCCAGAACAUGAACAAAAAUAUCAUAGGAAAGCUAUUUCUAACACUAGUGCUGCUCUUUAUGGCUAAGUGGCAGCCAUCGCUUUUUUCCUAAAUUAUGUGUUCUUUUUUCAAGCAUUUAGAUGAUGCAAACCAGAUUUUUGUGGCAGCAUUAUUGCUUAUAGCCAAAAGAGCAUUCAAGGAAACACUGUAUUUCUGCUAAAUUGCCAUUUAUUCAGAACACUCUUGAGUUGUUUAUCUUUUUCAUUCUCCUGACAAAUCAAGUAGCCAUUGAGCCUGUAUUUCUGAGUAUAAGUUCCGUGAUAAUUUUAGUAAAAGUAAUAGCUACUGUCUAUGUUUUGGGGCUGAGAGUAUGCAGAGUUCUGGGUUUCGUUUUAUUUUUAAAAGGAAAACUUCCCAGGAAAAUUGUUUUUCCUGUUUGACAGUAAAAGUUUGUUUUGGAACUUCUUCCUGAAGUUUAAAUGUUGUAAUAGAAAUUUUGUUGAUGUAGUUGCACUCUAGUUAUUCUACAGUUUGCUUAGGGGUUUUUUUUGGUUUUUUUUGGUUUGUUUUAUUUUAUUUUUUUUUACUGAUCUCUGGACUGAUGCUUUUAGUUUAAAAAAAAAAAAGUAUUGUGAGCAUUCGCUAGAAAAAUUCUGUGAAUGCCUUUUAGGUUUUCAUGUUGCUUUUUAUUCGCUUUGAAUGUUCCUAAUAGUAAGUGCUUAAUGGAGUGAAUGUUCCAGAGGAAAGAAAUGGUAAGAGAUAAUCAUGCAAAGGUAUGUAAUUUGAAUAUUUGUCCCAGGCAUGUGAAUAUGAAAGUUCUUUGGGGUUCAUUCAGGUUGCAAGUAAGAGCAAUAACAUGAGGUGGAGGUGAUUAAUCAAGUGUUGCAGAGAGAAAAAUAUGAAUUACAAGUAAUCAAAACAGUAUCUAGGACAAAUGGUUCACAGGCAAUCCACAGGCCACACAUGUUCACAUGAACAAAUUAUUGAAUUGUUUCAAGGUGAGGACAUUUGUAUACAUGGAUAUCUUUGUAUGCAGUCAUCAACAAAAAAUGUACUAAUACACUUGCAUAAGUCAUUUACUUUAUAGAUGCUAUUAAGUUCCUUUUUUGAAAUAGACCACUGUUUCUGUUUCACCUCUAAAGAGUAGGAAGUACAAUCUUUACCUUAGAACUGACUUAAGCCUUUUGCAUUAAAUAAAGCAAGCUGACAGUCAGCCCUAUCCAAUGCAUGGCAUAACCCUGAAAAAUACUCUGUCAUUCACCUUUGACCACAGUGCUGUGUUUAACUUUGACAUAUUAAAAUGCAUACUGAAGGAUCAAGUUAAAUAUAUUUUUAUUUGUGUUUUGAUUUUUUUGUCAUUCCUGCAGUGCAUGUCCUCUUAUUCUGCUGCUUGGCAUAACUGCUAGUUCCCUACUUCCAGGCAGGUUUUAUAGGGAUAUUUUUUAUCUUUUCUAGGCACUGUAACUCUUAUAGCUUCAUACUUUUUAAUUCAAUUAAAGUGAAUUAAGUUUACCUUGGGAUCUUUGGAGCCCCUUAGAGGGCUCAGCUGAUUAAUUACUGUGCAAAGCAGAUUGUUAAAGUAACUAUGUUUUUAUGCAGUUUCUCUCUGCUUCUGUAAUUCAUAGGCAUUGAUACUGGAUGGGUGAGGUUAAUGUGGGAGACAUGUUCCCACAAGCUCGCUGACUGUGUGACUUUUCUCUCCUCCCCAGACAGAAACAGGUUCCUGAGGGUGGGGACCAUUUGGGAUCCCUUCCUGGGCUGUGAGGUGUCCCCUCCAGUGCAGUGAAUUUUCUCUGUCAGCCCCAAGUAGGUGACCAACAGAGGAAUCAGGAUGGCUUUAUGAACAUGUCCUUAUGAAUUUAGUAGCAAAUGAACUUUGUAAUGCAGACUACAGGCUGAAGUUAAUUUUAUUUAUGGUUUUAGUUGUAGCAACAAUAGCCCAAGCUAGAAAAUAUAUCCUACUUGUUAUCCACACUCCUGAAAUGUGUCGUGUCUGGGACAGCAGAGAGCAGCAGGGUAAGGAAUGACUGAGCUCCAGAGAAGCUCUGCUCCUCUCUGGGUUCACCCAGGUCAGGGGUUUAGUGGUUUGUGUAAGUGGAUGUGGUCCUGCUCUUGAGCCAAACCAGACAGGCCUUAGUAGAGACAUGGCAUCUAGUUAUACACUUCCUUAUAUGACAAAUUAAAGUGGCUUAUACAACUCUUGGGCACAUUUAUCCCAUCCCUCUGCAACCUUGGCAGGCUCAUGGCAACAAACCAGACUCGGUUUUGAGCCAGGCAGUGCAACAGAGUGUAAGGGUCGCUUUGAAGGGAAGGGAAACCACCUGUGUUGGGCCUGGCUUGUAAUUUUAUUGGAUGCAACUGCACAGUGUGAAUAGGGAAGGGGAAGACACCCUGUGUUCAGACACCCUGUGGCUGAAGUUGUAGCUGUGCCCGUGGCCCGAGCAGAGGGAAUGAGGAGGUCUCAGCCCAGCACAGGCAGUUCACUGGAGUUCAUCCUCACUCACCUCCUCCCCUCAUACUCCAGCAUGAGCCAGAGUGAAUAAAACCCAUGAGAGUGAAUAAACCCCAUCCUUUUCUGGGGAGAAGGAAAAUGGCUAGUGCAGGCUCAGAACGGGGAUUUCCAAAGUUAAUUCAGACCUGUAGGGGUGAAGUCCAGUAUCAGUCUCUUCAAACGGACCUGGGAUUUCCAAACCUAAAUCAGGUUUGUAGGGACAAAGUCCAGUGUUAUUCUCUGCAAAAAGAAUGUGUGGCCAGCAGUUUAUGUGGUAAUAAACUGUGACCCUGUGUGUGCAUAAGCUCUAUUCAUUUUUAAGUUUUCUGUGAUUUUUUUUUUUUAAAUGUACGAUUUGUCAUUUUUGUUUGACAGCCAGAGAGGUUCUGAGAAGGGAGGAGAGCUGAGAUGUUAUGUACCUUCCUCUUUUGGGGUGUAGGCCUCAUUUUAUGGAACUAUUGAAAGUUCUCACUAGUUUUGUCUCUUUUGGAAGUGCAACAGAAAGUCACUGUUGCACUGAUGUCAUCAAAGAAAAAUGAGCUGGUAUUGAGCUGAAAAGUGCAUAAAAAGUUUAUAGAUCUUUUAAAUAAGUUUUACCAUGGACUGCUGCAGUGGAUUUUGACUUGAACAAAACCAAAUCAGGUGUUAAACCUUUCCACAUUGAUAUGUUGUAAUGGUAAGUGGAACUUUAAAGACAGUGUUGAGAGAGGCAAAGUGCUCCAUGAAGGGCCCUGGCGACGUGCACUGCAGGGGGAUCCAGAGCAGAAGCAGGGCUGGGCCUGCCAGAAAUCCAUGCUAAAACUCAGUUAAACAGGGCCAUUGCCAAGAAUUUAUCACACAUCUGUUUUGCCUUGAUUUUAUAUUUAAUUAUCACCUGCAAAAAGUCUGAUUUCUAAGCAUUAAUUAUGAAAUUAAUAAAAGAGUUUACAAGGCAGUGCUGUAAUGCACUCUGGGGUGUGUCCUGCUGGAGCGGGGCCAUUUCCGAAGUUGUUGAAGUUGUUGCUCAUAAAGUUUGUGCUUCAGUUUGUGGUCAGGACAGAACAAUGUCCCAGGAAAAAUACUGUGUAGUUCUGAUAGUCCUACCUGGCAGAAAGCUAGCUGCCAUGGAGGGCCCCAGAAUGUGUGUGGGUCAUGCAUAUAGCAGGUGUCUACUGAGCCAGAGGUGAUGUGGCACCAAAGUUGUGAAAGCUUCCUCAUAAUCACUGCUCUCAUAUUCACUCUUGUCUUUCCUGGGAAGUUCACACAGAAGAUACUUGAAUAUGUUAAAUAUAUUCAGGUUAAGAUGCUGCAGUUUCUUUAAAACUUAUAUUAUUAUGGUUAUU